AUGGAACAUUCUAAAAAGACUGUUGAAGCAUUUGAGGUAACACCUUCGGAGACUGUUGAAAUCAUUGAAGCGAAGAUUUCCAAGAAGACUGUUGGAGAACUUGAGGGAAAAUCCUCAAAGAAGACGGCUAAAGUCAUUGAAGUGAAACCUUCCAACAAAAAUGUUGCAGUACUUGAGACUCUCCAACAAGUAAGUUCAUAUACCAGAGAUGGAAACAAGUCGGAUGUAGAAUGUCCCAUCUCUAUAUCAAGGGAGGGUGAAAAAGACCAUAGCAAUGAUAAUGAGAAUGACAUGGAAACAGUGGAGGAUUUGUUUAAGAAAUAUGUUCCUGAAGAAUAUCUAGACUUUUUGGACAGCUCUCUCCCAAUAGACACAUGCUGUGAAUUUUACAACAACAUUAAUGAUGAAAAAGAUGUCGGCCCAGUGGAACCCCUGUCCAAAUCGGUUCCACUAAACAUGUCGGAGAAACCUCAAAGUGAACUUAACAAUACAGAAGAAACCCAGAAUAGCUUCCCUUGCAGCUCCAGCCCAGUAGAUGUGAACAUUGGACAUAUGAAAGACCUGGUUGAUACGAAAGAAACCUUUACAAAUGAGCAGGCGGCUAGUUGUCCUCCCCUGUCCGCUGUGCAGACCUCUUCAGUUACAACUGAGAAAGCAAGGACAUUACCAAGAAAUGACUUAAACGGGGAUACUGAAGAACAACCCAAGAGGUAUUCUCUCAGGCAAAGAAAGAAGAAAGGAUUCAAAAUUUAUGAUGACACGGAUGAAUGGUGUGACCAAUUAGACUUCAAUGUAGAACAUACAGACAAUUUGAAAGAUCAUCAACAGACAUAUCAUAAUUUCGGGGAAAAUGAAAACAAGUAUGGACAAUGUAAGAAUCAUAAUGGUCAAAGCGUUAUUCAACAGAGAUAUAACCCAACAGAUGGGGCUGAGGAAUCGAUGGAGUAUAACUAUAAACCAAGGAAACGCAAAUCAGCCCAAUCACAUUACUGCAUGGCCUGUCACAUGGGUUUCAAAUCUAAAGGUGACCUUCAGAUGCACAAGGCCUUGAACGGCUGUGAUGAUUUGUAUCAGUGUGUAGUUUGUUGCGAUUUUUUCUCAUCUAUUGAAAAUCUGUGUAUCCACGGGUCUAUUCACAACGUUUUCUUUUGUCCCAUUUGUGGAAGAUGCUACAAAACCAAACCUGGCCUGUACCGACACCAGUUGGACCAUACAGGAUCCAAACCCUAUUCCUGUGAGAAAUGUCACAGCACUUACAAAACUAGAAAUGAGCUGGUCAUCCAUGACAGGUAUCACACUGGUGACAUGCCAUUUCAUUGUCACCAAUGUUGGAAGGGAUUCCCCACCCAAGGCCAGUUUAAGAGACACAUCAAUAUGCAUGCCACUGAUGAUACAGUUAUGGACUUGGAAACAAGUUUUGAGUCAUUGCAGUGUCAUGAAUGUAAAAAAUGUAGCAAUAUAUUCAACUCCGAAGAAUUACUUCGCAGUCAUGAACGUGUACACGAUGACACACUAGAAGCAUCGGAUGGUGCAUCUGUUGACAAUUCUCAAAACUGUAGUAACAAGUUAGAAUUUGACAAGUUGAACAUCAAAAACUGUGAAGAUUUCCAGCCCAAAGCAGAUUUUGUGCACCAGUCAUUAGAGCGUGAAGAUGAUUCACAAUCACAAAUAUUUGAUUUAACCCAGUCGGAGGAAUGUGGGGGCGAUUUUCAAUUGAAGAAAUGUGGUGUACACCGAUUGGAGGAGCAUGAAGAUACUUUUCAAUCACAAUCCAAUGUUGACCAAUCAAAGGAAUACGGAGACAAGUUUCAAGUAUCUGGUGAAAUCCAAAGGAAUGAACCUGUAGAGAAUGUGGACUCCGAUAAACCUUUUUACAAAUGCACCCAAUGUAGUAAGAUAUUAAAAUCCCACAUGGCCUACCUAUAUCAUAGACUUAUUCAUAAACGGGAUGCCCUAGAGAAAUCGUACAAAUGUGACAAAUGCCCGAUGAUAUUCCACUUGGAGUCUUCCCUGGCAAGUCAUCAACUAAUCCACAGGGAACCGAGGCCAACCAUGUGUGACACGUGUGGGAAGACAUUCAGUAAUCAGCUGGACCUGGUGUAUCAUAGAGCUGUCCACGAUGCCGAGAAAGGAUCCUUUAAGUGUUCUAAAUGUCCGAAAGUCUUCCAGCUGGUUAAACAACUUGCCAGGCACACAGAGACUCACUUAAAAGAUAGGAGGCAGUUUCCGUGUGAAAUAUGCGAUAAGAUAUUCAAAACGAGGUCUGGUCUUGCGCGUCACAAUAUGGACCACACUGGGGAACGGCGCUACAGUUGCUCCAUGUGCACAAAAAAGUUCAAAACCAGCACUCAGCUGCGCUGCCAUGUUGCCGUCCAUACAGGCAUUCGACCAUACAGUUGUAAGAUUUGUGGGAAGAGCUUUCCCAUUAAAAGCUAUUUGACAUCUCACUUCACGACUCACAAGUAA